UUAUUGUUAGUGGGUUUAGUUGUAUUUUACGUAAAUAGGAGUUACGCAAAAGUAGCGCCUGAUUACAUAGUACCAUGUAAAGGACACACUCCUGAAUGUCUUAAAAAAACAAUUCAAGAAGUUAUCCCAUUGUUUGUGAAAGGAGUGCCCUCUUUAGACAUAGACGUAAUAGAUCCCCUUAAACAAGACUAUGUGGCCGUGGAACUUCCUGGAGGAUUUAAAGUGGAACUUUUCGAUGGCACCGUCACUGGAUUCAGAAAAUGCAUUGUCGAUUCCGUUUCUUAUAAUGACGGUGAGGCAAACUUGGAUUUCCACUGCAACGUUACCAUCAAAGGAAAGUACAAGGCUAAGGGUCAAAUACUGGUUGUCGCCAUCAACGGUGAUGGUGAUGCUAAAAUUAGAAUUGGUGGCGCAGCGAUAACUUCAAAAAUUAAGUUCCAUGAUGUGGAAAGAGAUGGCGUUGUAUACCACGAAGUGAAAAGCUACGAUAUCAAAUACAAAAUUGAAGACAAAGUGACGUUUGCUCUAACCAAUUUAUUCCAAGGAAACCCUGAAUUAAGUCAAACAGUGCUGCAGUUCUUGAAUGAAAACUGGAAACAACUUGUCGAUGAAUUUGGAAAACCAAUCUUUGAUAAAAUCGUAGAAAUUGCGUACAGCAAAAUUGGUAAAUUCUUUGAAAAGAUUCCUAAAUCUGAGUUAUUUGAUUAAUUUUAUUUGAAUAAUUGUAUACUCUGUGAUUAAAUUGUGAUAGGUAUUAAAUUUAUUUCUCUUUU